AUGGAGGGGGGGUCGGUGCUGAGUCCCUCGUCCCGGGAGCGGCGCCGGGCGUGGGCCAGGCAGAGUCGCUGCUGGAGAGCUGCGGUGCUGGAGAAGGAAGAGGAGGAGGAGGAGGAGGAGGAGGAGGCAGCGGCUGCUGCCCUGCAGGACGAUCCCGAGCUGCAGCCACCCGCCCUGGACGACGUCUUCCUGGAAGGAAGCUCCUCCAGCAAGAUAGAGACCUGGCUGCAGGAGUGCAGCAUCUCCGAGGUCCUGGAGUGGUGGCAGGAGGACGCUGAGGAGAUCCUCUCAAACCUGGGCUUCGUGCAGGGUGGGCAGGGGGCCGUGGGCCGUGUCCCUGCUCGCUUCUUCUCGGCUCCUUCCCGUGCCAGUGGCAUCGACUUCCAGCUCUUCCUCACGGCCCAGCUGCGGCGCCUGGAGCUGGAGGACCCCUGCCUGCUGCUGGCCAGUCGCUUCCAGCAGGUCCAGGCUGUGGCUGCCACCGCCGACGCUUUCUUCUGCCUCUACUCCUACGUCUCCAGGACCCUCCUGCAGCGCUUCUGCCCCUCCCCCGCCUCCUGGCUUUGUCCCCACGUCCCCGAGCUCCGGGAUGGCACCAGCCCGGUGCCCACCGGGCAGCCCGGUGCCCUGGGGAAGGUGGCGAAGGAGGUGCUGGGGCCGGCGCGGGAGGAGAAGUUUGGCUUUGACCCUGCCGAUGGCCCCCAGGGGAAGGGGACAUCAGCCCAAGGACACCACUGCCAGGAGCUGGUGGACUCCUUCGAGACGGAGGAGGUGCUGAGUGCCAGCGAGGAGGAGGAGGAGGAUGGUGAUGAUGAAGGGGAUGAUGGCUUCCUGCUCCGUGCCAGCAGAGGGCAAUCCGACAGCAGUGGCUUCGUGGAGGAGCCUGUGCCCGGCCAGCUGCCCGCUGCCCACGGUGCCAACCAGAGGCUUUGA